AUGCAGUUCAACGCCGUCUUCGCCACCCUCUUCGCCACCGCCGCCGCCGUCGCCCUCCCCGCCGCCGAGCUCCUCCAGCGCCAGGUGCCCUACACGCCCUGCAGCGGCCUGCAGAGCACCGCGCUGUGCUGCGCCACCGACGUCCUCGGCGUCGUCAACCUGGACUGCGGCACCCCCCUGUCUACUCCCUCCAACGGCACCGAGUUCAGCGCCAUCUGCGCCGAGAUCGGCCAGCGCGCCCGCUGCUGCGCCAUCCCCAUCCUGGAGCAGGGCAUCCUUUGCACCGCCCCCUCCGGAGUCCAGGGCUAA